UUUUUUUUUAUUAUUUUAUUUUUUUUUUUCAAAAAAAUACCUUCUUUAACUGUAAUACUUUAUCUUUAAAAAAAGUUUUACAGUUUAUAUUCUUUUGUCACUUCCAAGCUCUUAUUUGAUAUCUCGGACUGCAACACAGCUCAGUCCGUCUUUGCCCAUCACGGCCUCAGAAACCAAACUAGCAGACAGUUUAUUUGACCGGCGAGGCUUUCCUCCUUGGCUUUCCUGAAAUUUUUUUUAAUUAAUUAAUUUUUUGAAAGGGAACUCUUUAACGCGAAACUUUUGUAUCCUCAAUAUUUUUCUUUUUCUUUUCUUUUUCUUUACCUUUCUUCUUCGUCCCCUACACACAUCACCUUCUUCAAUCAGGAAAGAAUUAACUCUUUUUUUCUUUUAUAAACUCUCCUAAUUUAUUAUUCUUUUUGUUAUAUAUAUACAUACACACACACAUAUAUAUAUAUCCUACAAUUACAUUGAUUAUUAUGCGCACUGAUCUUGAAACUCUCACCAUUAACCCUCCUUUUAAUACUCUUGAACUUUUCAAAUCAGGUGUUCCUUCACCUGAUAUGGAGAUUCAAAACAAAACAAUCCCUGAAAUAAUUCAAAAUAAGCUUCAAUCGAUUUCUAAUCAGAAAUAUGAUUAUGAACAAGAAAAUGCCUUUUUUGUUGGUGAUUUGGGUGAAGUUUUCCGUCAACAUUUGCGUUGGAAAGCUUUACUUCCAAGAAUCGAGCCCUUUUUUGCGGUUAAAUGUAAUCCUGACCCAAUGGUUGUAAGACUCUUGGAAUCUUUGGGAUGUGGAUUUGAUUGUGCCUCAAAGCAAGAAAUUCAACAAGUCUUGGAUCUUGGUGUUGAUCCUAGUCGUAUCAUCUAUGCCAAUCCAUGUAAACAGGCUUCCUUUAUUCGUUAUGCUGCUCAACAUAAUGUGAGCCGUAUGACAUUUGAUAAUGCAGAAGAACUUCACAAGAUUAAGAAGCUUUAUCCUGACGCUGAACUUGUCUUGCGUAUUUUGACAGACGAUUCCAUGUCAUUAUGUCAAUUAGGUCUUAAGUUUGGUGCACCUUUACAUACCGUUCAACACUUGUUGCAAACGGCUAAAGAAUUAGAGUUGAAUGUAAUUGGUGUGAGCUUUCACGUUGGUAGCGGAUGUCUGGACGAAAGUGCAUUUGGAGAUGCAGUCAUUCGAGCUAAAAACGUAUUUGAUCAAGCAAAGGAAAUGGGGUUCAAUUUCUCUCUUUUGGAUGUUGGUGGAGGUUUCCCUGGUGCCGAUGUAAAAGAUGGUAUCACGUUUGAAAAGGUAGCUGCCAUCUUGGGCCCGAUUGUGGACCGUUUAUUCCCCCCCGAAAUUCGCGUUAUUGCAGAACCUGGUCGUUAUUAUGUUGCUUCUGCUUUUACAAUCUGUACAAACAUCAUCAGUAGACGUACAACGAUGCCUGUUGAUGAAGAUGUAGAGCAAAACCCAGAAUUCAUGUACUAUGUGAAUGAUGGUGUCUAUGGUUCUUUUAACUGUAUCAUCUUUGACCAUCAAGUCGUACACCCAAGGGUGUUGGUCAAGAAAGAAGAAUUCUUGUAUGGUAAAGAACUGGAUGAGGCUUAUUUUGAAAGUAGUGUUUGGGGACCUACUUGUGAUUCAAUUGAUUGCUUAAAUAAGUCUAGCCGUUUGCCAAUGCUCGAGCCUGGAGAUUGGCUUUAUUAUGAAAAUAUGGGAGCUUAUACUAUUUGUGCUGCUUCUCAAUUUAAUGGAUUUAGAAAAUCAGAUGUUAUUUACACAAACACAUAUUGCUGAACUUUUUAUAAUAAACUGUGUUCAUUUUAAACUA